AUGGCAACCGAGCACGGCAAAAUGAAAACCCAAAGUCACACAAAAAACGAAAACGGACUCAAAAUGCAGAAUUUUCUGCCUCCCCCAAAUAAAGGAGGGGCCGCUGGACACGCGAAUUUCGUUCAGUCACAAGUUAAUGCAAGUUUCUGGUCAGACGAUGAAUAUGUGUUCAUUCUUCACAGCAACAAUUCAAAUGGACAGAUCAAGGUGAAUAUCGCGAACAUUAACGUGCCGAUGUUAAUCGAUUCAGGCGCAAGCGUUAACAUUGUUGAUAUGUCCGCGUGGGAACAAAUAAAGAAGACUGGUGUAACAUUAGAACAAUGCUCAAAGAAUGUGUUUCCCUAUGGUUCGACCACGCCCUUGGAAUUACUGGGGAAAUGCAGCGCAAUCGUUCGUUUCGGAGACAGAACCGCGAAAACCGAACUCUUGAUAGCGUCAACGGGUACCAGAUCACUGCUAGGUAAAGAGACCGCGAUGCAACUUGGUAUAUUGAAAAUUGGACCGAAAGUGAACGCGUUGAGUGACAAAACCAGCCAAUCCGUCAAACCAGUUGCGCAGCCAAUUAGGCGACUUCCAUAUGUGGUACGAGGUAAAGUUGAAGAAAAACUCAAACGGGUACAGGUUCUCGAUAUAAUUGAACCAGUAUCUGUAUCGGAAUGGGUUUCACCGCUAGUGGUUGUCCCCAAACCAAAUGGUGAGGAUAGGAUAUGUGUAGACGUGUGCAUGGCGAACGAAGCUGUGGUAAGACAGCGUCACUUGAUUCCGACAGUGGACGACAUUCUACACGAAAUGAAUGGCGCAAAAGUCGUCUCCAAGAUUGAUCUUAAAUGGGGAUAUCACCAAAUCGAGUUGGAUGAAGAAUCGCGUAACAUCACAACGUUCGUGACUCACAAAGGAUUGUUUCGAUACAAAAGACUUAUGUUUGGAAUUUCCGCCGCACCAGAAAUGUAUCAGAACGUAAUUAGUCAAGUGUUUGAAGGGUGUGAGGGUGUUCGAAACUUGUACGACGAUAUUAUCGUAUGCGGCAAAGACGACAGUGAGCACGACCAACGGCUGGAAGAAGUUUUCCGCGCCUCAAGGACAGAAAUCUCACUGUAA